AGCGGACCGGAAAGGAGCAAAGGCGCUCGCUGUGCGACUGCGUUAAGGCGACGGUUGGGCGAAGGUGGCGCCCCGGGCGCUCGUGUUUCCCCUCCGACUGAUCCACUCACUCACAGGGCUCGCGUCAGGGAGUGAUCUUAAUUCUAAGAUACCUUGACAGCCCGUGUACAAGUUUCUGAGGCGUCUGGCGGCGAACUUGCCGCCUGUUGGAUGUACCACCAUGUUUGCAGCAAAGCCCAAAACAAAACCAGCGGCCAAAGGCCGGGGCGCAGCGGCUGCUAAGCAGCUUGGCCUGUUUGUAGACUUUUCAUGUGAAGAUAUUAUUACUGAAGGAGAUGAUGUUGAUGGUGAUCUGGAAGCGGAAUUAGCUGAAAUAACUGGGAUGAAGCCAGUCACAAAAUCCCAAUCCAAAGAAAAGGUGCCUUUACCAAUGGACCACAUAACACAAAUGGCUGAAGAAUGCAUGAAGGAUGUAGAUGAAAAUGACGAUGAUGAAGAUUUUGAAAAUGACGAGGAUCUCUUGGCUGAGUUCAAAGAAGUGGUGGAGAAUGAGGAGGAAGAAUCUCCAGAUUCAUCUUUUCCCACAGACUCUUCAGUGUCAGUAAAGCAAGAAUCUCCUCAAGAAUCUCAUCCUCAGUCAAGUGCAGUUUCUGCGAGUGCUGGUGGCUUACAAGAUACUCUGGAAAAACGAAUUCAGAUGUAUAGAGUUGCAAUUACUAACACAAAGAAAACUGGAGAAACCUCAAAAAUGAGAAGAUAUGAACGAGGACUAAAGACUUUGCAAACAAUGCUUGUUUCUGCAAAGAAAGGUAAAAGGAUAGAGGAAGCAGAAAUUCCUCCCCCAGUGGCCAGUGGUAAAAGCAGUGCUCCAGUACUCCAACCUGAUGCUUUAAAUGCAGACGGUUUGGAAGAUGAAAAAGUGGAAGACAGAGUUGCAGAAAUGCUUCAAGAUAUACCAACACCAGCAAAACCUGUUGUGACUGUGUUACCAGUGGCGUCUUCUGUGCCCAAAUCUCACAAUGUUCUUGCAGAAUCUGCAACUGCCAUUCAGUCCGAUAUCAGUGAUGUGUCUUCUGCAACAAUUAGUGAUGGCUCAGGGUGUGAUGAUUCAAAGACGGAAGAGCUGUUAAUUGGAAGACAGAAGGAAUAUAAGUUGGCUGCACUGAAAGCAAAGCAACAAGGAGAUAUCACAAAAGCUCUAGAAUAUGUAAAAAUCAGCAAAAGAUUUGAUACAGCGAUAAAAGCUUUGCACAGCGGGGAACCAGUGGAUCUAAGUAAUUUGCCAUCAUCACUAACAGAUACCACAGUCCAAGAUAAAUCACCAAAGCCUUCCAAUUUGAUAACUCUUCCUGAUCAGGAAGGAAGAGGACCUAAAAUUGAACCACAGGGCAACAUAGAAUCAGGCACACCACCACCACCCAAAGAUAUUCUAGAAGCUCUACAUCAAAGAAUGGAGAAAUAUAAAACUGCAGCAACACAAGCUAAAACUGAUGGGAAUGAUCGUAAAGCAAGGAUGUAUGAGAGAAUAGUAAAGCAAUACCAAGAUGCCAUCAGAGCACAAAAAGCUGGAAGAAAAGUGGAUUUUGGUGAUCUUCCAAUACCCCCAGGAUUUCCAGCCAUUCCAGGAGUGGGAGGAACAUCUGGAGACCUUGACAUUGCUGGAACACUUCAAGCUGCUUCCAAACUAGCUUCAACAGAAAUCGGGGGGGAGGAGGAGGAUGAUGAGAGUGGAACUCCUCAAUCUGUUCACCCCCCAGUUGCAAAGAGACCAGCAAAACUCCCAGACCAAGUCGUGCAGCCAGCUGGGCCGGCUCUGACCUUGCCAGCUGCAUCUGAGGAAAGCCAGUCCCCCAAGCCUAUAAAAAGGCCAGUGCCAAAAGAUCACCUGAUUCAGCAAAGUACAAUCGCACAACAACUGGAAUUUCUUCAGAAACGAAAGAAGCAGUACAUGAAAGCUGCUUUGCAGGCAAAACAAAAGAAGAACUUGGAACAAGCAAAAAAAUUAUUUCGAACUGCCAAAGGCUUUGAUCCAAUGAUUUUAGCUGUUGAAAGUGGACAAGCAAUUGAUAUUUCCAAGGUUCCUUCACCCCCUGAGGAUGAAGAAGAUGACAAUGACUUUAUAAUAAUCCAUCAUAAAGAUGUGCAGAUUUCAUCAAAGAUAGAAGAAGUAUACACACGCCUUACAAACCUUCUGAAAGAACAGUAUGAGAAAUGUAUGUCAUAUUCCAAACAAUUUACGCACCUUGGUAAUCUGGCGGAGACUACAAAAUUUGAAAAGAUGGCUGGUGAUUGUAAGAAAAAUCUUGAAAUCCUUAAACUUGGCCAAUCUCAAGGCUUGGAUCCACCAAAAUACCAUUUUGAGGAGAGGACCUUUAAAAUUGUACGGAUAUUUUCAGAUAUCAGUAGUACUGAAAUGCUUGUCAUUAUCGUAAAAGGAAUAAAUCUCCCUGCUCCUUCAGGUGUGGCUGCACAUGACCUUGAUGCAUUUGUAAAGUUUGAAUUUCAAUAUCCUAGUGCAGACCAAGCCCAACGUAACAAAACAAUGGUGAUAAAGAAUACCAAUUGUCCAGAAUAUAAUGAGAGAUUUAUGCUCAUUAUUAACAGAAAUCAUCGUGGGUUCAAACGAAUUAUUCAGACCAAAGGAAUUAAAUUUGAACUAUUUCAUAAGGGUGGAUUUUUCAGGAGUGACAAACCAGUUGGAUCUACACAUCUAAAACUGGACAAGCUAGAAACUGAAUGUGAAGUCAGAGAAAUUAUGGAGAUUUUUGAUGGCAGAAAAUCAACUGGUGGGCGACUAGAAGUGAAAGUUAGGAUCAGAGAACCACUCCACGGCCAAGAUAUGCAAACUAUAACAGAAAAGUGGCUGACAAUGGAUCCAACUAACAGCUGAAAACAUGCAGAUCAUUUUUCCUCAAAGUCAAAUCACCUCGACUGCUACGGACAGAAUAUACAAGUAUGAAUUGUUGCUGUUUGGAAUGCACAGAUGCACACAAAGCCAAAGAUAUUGUGAAAUAUACUGUUUAAUGCUGUAUUUCAUUACUACAAAUUUGAGAAUACAAAGCUUGCAAAUACAAACCUGCCAUUAAUGUAAUGGGUCAGAGUAAGGCAAUGUAGAAAAAAUUAUGAAAAUAAAUUAAAGAUAAAUGUUACAUUUUAACAAUUUCCAUACUGUCUCUUUGUAUUUUAGUGCCUAAAGUUCCAAAGCACUUUUGAAAUUACAGGCAAGAUGAUAACUCUUGUAUUUCUUAGCUAGUCUGUUUUGAAAACCAAAUGCUUAAGAAUGAAUCUGACUGUUAUUGAAAUGGCAAAUAUCCUAGACUUUUGAAUUCUCAAAUUUAAGUGAGCAUGCCUGUUUCCAUUGUUAUUAACAAUUUUUGUCCUGACAUAAAAAAAAACAGGAAUUAGCCAUAACUUAUAUCAAAGUAAAUUUCAGAAUAAUGUAAAUAAUCUUCCAAAUGUCCUCAGCUGCUGUUAAUCUAAUGCAAAUGCAUAUUUAAAUACCAUUAUGCUUCAUUUGGAUUUUUAAUUUUGUAAAAAUCUUGGUUGCUAUAACAUUCUACUUGUUAAUCCCGCAGAAUCAAUGAUAACUUGACAUGGUGCAAGGAGGUUAAUGAAAAGGUAGCAAGAGCACUCUUAACAAAAAACAGUUGGAGAGUUGUUGUACCACAUGUAAAAUCUAGCAUCUGGGCUUCAGUGUUACUGAGCAAAAUCAAGUAACAAAUUACAUUUUCAUUUUGGAUGAGGGUGUUUUGGAUUCAGAUUUGUUGCCCAUCUUUAAAGCAAAUGAAUUAUUUUAAAUUCUUAAUUUAUUUCAACAGCUGAGAUAAUGAUUCUGCAAAAAAAAUUGCUGUGAAUAAAGAUGGCUGAGAGUAUCA